AUGGACCAUGUAUUCAACGGGACUUUCGCUGCUUCCAGCCAAAAUUUGAAUUGGGUCCCCGAGGCUGGGGACGGUGUGUUCUCGAUUUUCCAAAAUGCGGCAGUCAAAUUAGUUGACUUGAAAACCAACACGACAACCACUCUGGUUACGAUGAAAGAUGUGAAAGACGAAAAUGGACAAUAUAUUUACUGGUCAAGUUGGAAGCUUUCUGCUGAUAUGAAGUAUAUGUUAAUCAAGGCGGACCAUCUUAAGCAAUGGCGUUGGUCCAGCUUUGGAAAUUACUAUGUGCAUAAUCUAGAAACUAAAACAACAUACCCCUUGAUACCACCAACCAAUCCUCCCGUAACAGCAUACGCUACAUGGUCUCCUAUCGGCCAAUCGAUAGCGUACGUGACUAACAACGACCUUUAUGUUCUUCCUUCACCAACUGCUUCAUCUUCUGCUAUUCGUGUUACAACUGCCGGAAAUGCUUCUCUAUUCCAUGGUGUCCCAGACUGGGUUUACGAAGAAGAGGUUUUCUCAAACGAUUUCGCCCUCUGGUGGUCUCCCGACUCGUCCAAGGUCGCGUUCCUUCGCCUUGAUGAGACUCUGGUCGACGAAUACAAAUUUCCCGUCUAUAACCCUACGGAUGAUUCCUCAGCUAUUUUCCCUUAUACAGAGGAGAUAGUAAUGAAGUACCCCAAACCUGGAUACAACAAUCCUCUCGCUUCAAUUCACGUCUUCGAUUUAGCUACAUAUCUGGAAGAAAAUGAGUCGAAUGCAAGUGAAUUCCCCAUAGAAAAUGCCACGUUCGAGCUUGAGUGGGAGGGCCGGCAUCCAGCUGAGAAUAGCAUCAUAGGACAAAUUAAAUGGCUUGGUAACGACACUUUAAUCCUGAAGGAAGUCAAUCGCGCUGCAGACGACGGAAAUGUGGUACUCUUCAAUCUCGGUAACGCCAGUGGUGUGGACGCAACUACUGGUACUGUUGUUAGGAAGCUCGGAAAGGAUGGCGAGGAAGGCGAUGAUGGCUGGAUUGAAAGUGAUCAGUACAUCUACCCACUUCCCGAGAGUUUAACUGGAGGGUCUCCCGCUUAUCUAGAUGUUGUACCCGAUGCAAACGGUUACAACCACAUCGCUCUUUUCAACCCUGCUGACUCUAGUACUCCUCGUUUCCUCACGUCAGGUACUUGGGAAGUUACAAGUGGCAUAAAAGCCGUUGAUGCCGAAAGAGGUCUUGUCUAUUUUCAGGCAGCCACCCCAUCCAUUGAGCGUCAUAUAUAUUCGGUUUCUCUUGCCCUUGAUAGUUCAUUUAUCCCGGCCGAACCCACCCCUUUGACAGAUACAUCUUCUCCAUCUUCUUACAGUGCUAGCUUUUCGCCCGAAGCCGGAUUUUACCUCCUCAGUUACCAAGGACCUAAUGUACCUUGGCAACGGGUUAUUCAAGUCGAUAACACAGGCGCGAAUCCUAUUCAUAACAAAAAUCCCCAGCUGAAUGAAACACUCAGUCGGUUUGAAGCUGCAGUGGUCACAUAUACUACAAUUGAAAGCGAUGGCUACGAGCUGAAUGUCAAAGAAAUCCGCCCGCCACGCAUGGAUGACUCAGGACGGACCAAGUACCCUGUUAUGUUUUUCCAGUACGGUGGCCCUGGCAGUCAGAAAGUAGAUGUGAAUUUUAACCGUGACUGGCAGGAUUAUUUGGCCUGUGGAUAUCAGUACAUAACUGUGAUUGUGGAUGGAAGAGGCACUGGAUAUAAGGGUCGGAAGUUGCGGAAUCCCGUGCGGAACAAUCUUGGGUACUGGGAAGCUCAAGACCAAAUCAAUGCUGCCCGUAUAUGGGCGGGGAAAGAUUAUAUUGACCCGAAACGAAUUGGCAUCUGGGGCUGGUCUUAUGGUGGAUUCAUGAGUUCUAAAGUUGUUGAAGCGGAUGCCGGCAUCCACUCGCUGGCCAUUGCUGUAGCGCCUGUGACAAGCUGGCGUCUGUACGAUUCCAUUUACACAGAACGAUAUAUGGGCCUUCCCGAGAAAAACCCAGCAGGGUACAUCAAUGCCUCAAUAUCUCAUGUCGAAGGCUUCCACAAUGUCGAUUACCUACUUGCUCAUGGAUCAGGGGAUGACAAUGUUCACUACGCUAACUCUGCGCAUCUACUAGACAUGCUGACCAGGGCGCAAGUCCGGAAUUUCAGGUUUAGAAUGUUCACGGAUAGUGACCACAGCAUAAACCUACGGGGAGCCAAUAGGGAGCUUUACGAGUACAUGACCCUCUUUUUGGUGGAAAAGUGGGGGAAAGGUGGACGCCGACGUGGUUGGUGA